AUGCAAGAUAUUUUUCCUGUUUACAAUCCAAAUUACAAUCUAAGAAAUAAUCGAGAAUUUACUGGCCGUAAUGCUAAAUCAGUUUACUAUGGUGCAGAAACUUUAUCCUUCAUCGGUUACAACAUCUGGCAACAAAUUCCGGUUUUUUCAAGGAGUUAUCUCACCAAUCGGUUUCAAAGAGUCGGAAUUGAUGGCUAUUUCAGCUUGUGGAAAGAGAUUAUUAGUUGCGUUCCCCAAGGUUCGAUUCUGGGUCCACUUUUAUUCAAUAUUAAUAUAAAUGAUUUAAUGUUUAUUUUAAAUGAUAGAGCUGAUGUGAAAAUUUGUAAUUACGCAGAUGAUAAUACACUUUAUACAUAUGGAAAACAAUUUGAGGAGAUAAAGUUAUGUUUAGAAAGUGCUUUUUCAACUGUUAGCACAUGGUUUUUCAAUAACGGGCUUCAGUUAAAUUCUGAGAAGCAACAUGUUCUUCCAUUAUGUAAGAAGGCUAAUGCCAAGAUCAAUGCCCUAAAACGUAUAUCACCAUAUAUGUCUAAUUAUAAGCGAAAUGUUAUAGCUAAUUCAUUUAUUUAUAGCAUAUUUAAUUACUGGCUUCUUAUAUGGGGAUUUUCAACUUUCAGAAACUUCAAACAGAAGGUAAAAGUUCGCUCUAGAACAAAAAAUUUGACUUGUGACAUCAUAGCUGUUCAUCACAAAAAUCAUGCUGUGUUUAUCGAUGCAUAUUAA